AUGGAGAAUCUAAACAAGGACAAAUCUUUACAACUUACACUUCACAGUCCUGCUACAGUCUGUAGUGGUUGCCUGAUGUCGUUGAAUGACGUAAAUAGCAAAGGAAGACGUUACAAAAACACAGGGAUUUGUAAAGAAUACGUUUUUCUUCAAAUGUUGCCAGAUUUGCAAAAUGGGGAAAGUGUCUAUCGACGUGGCGUUUCCGUUCUUCUAAAACUUGCUUCCGACGAUAUACCUCGUCACCUAAGUACAAUGCGCGAAAGGUGGAUCACCCGAAUACAGUUAAACAAGAAUCUAACAGAAGAGACCACACAAUUGCUUUCAGUAGUCAUGCGGAAGAUGGAGUUUAACCCAGCUGAAGGUGGUUCAGCCAGCGUGAUCCAGCCAGCGGUUAAGAUGAAAAGUAACUUUGUUCAAGGUGACUGUAAACUAAUUCUAGCCGAACGCUUAAUUGAAGAUUUACCAGUUAUACGUUAAUUUCCUUUUAUUUUUAACUAAGAGAAUUUCGUACAUUUGAUAUAAGCUUCUGGAGACACUGAAUAAAAAAAACUUGGAUUUAGAAAAAGAGUAAGCGUUUCAUCGUGAACCCAUUUUUCAGCCAGUGAACGACGAAAGUUUAAGACGUUUCACUCAUUCUUUCGUAAUUGCCAACAACAAAUGUCUGUGUUCACUGAUGAUCUAAUAGAUCGGAUUUUAUCUGUUGCUGGCCAUGUUUUCUGCAAAAUAUUAGCUACAAUUAAUUAACUGUGAAAAGUAAUGGAAAAGCCGAGGUUGUGCUUUACGUGAUUAAACUAAAAAGGUUGAUAUUCUUGGUUCAAACCUAAUAAAGUACUCUUGUGCUCAGACGUGGAGUUACCGUACAUUGAUGAUGACAUAUCUAUACAAGAAGAUUCAACAAUGAGAAGAAGGCUAUUUGAUCAAGCAGUUUAUUCUUGUUGUUCAGCUUCUAAAAUUUGGAUGGUGAAUUGCUUGUACCGCCCAACACGGAAGACCUUUUUUGUUUACGUGAGUUUUUCAAUUCUUUUGUAAUGUCGUUUUAAAAUGAUUAUAGUUGAGUUAGUUUAAUGAGAGAGCUAUAUUAAUAUAUAUCUGCGCGUUGUCGUUUACUUAUGAAGUCUUGUCCGUUCAGUUUACGUAAGUAAAGCCAAUGGACGCUUUGAAAAAGUUGCAAUAUUUUUUGCAGGUCUUUCUUUUUAGUAAAUACCUUCUGAUAGGUUAUGAAAAAAGAACUAUCUAAUAUUAUUUUACCUGACCGUUAACUAACAAAAUUGUCUAGUUUUUUAUUAAAAGGUCUCGUAAGCGACCGCCCCAUUUGCAAUACCUUGUCAAUGGUUUCUUUAUGACAACCCAUUCUCGAAAAUGAUCGGACCAUUGUAGUUGCGACUACUUUUAUGAAUUCCCGAGGUGGUGGUUUACGAGAGCUUUGGCUUAAACUCAUUCAGUUCCAAAUAGCGGUAACCAGCCCUUUAUCCCCUCUUGUGGCAACCUAAAGUUUAGAUGUACUUCUAGCCGUCUUCUCCGGAAUACUGAGUAAAAAAUUUUCCUUGCGCGUUCGCAUUAGCCCCAACCGUGCUCUUUGGUCCUUGCUACCGCAAUUACACUUUGUUUUCUCUAAGGUUGGAGAUAGCCAGGAUUUCUUUCCUCUUCAGUGGUUCGAAGAUGAAGAUUGUGAACUGUCAACAAAUUGCUGGAAAUGGUGCGAAUAUAGAGACAGAUUAGGAGAAAGAGUGAUAGAAGUGCAAGAGCAGUCAGGUACGUGAAAGCGGUGAGACUAAUCGAAGUACUGCCACUUAAAUGGUCACACUAUAGGAUUUCAUCCACAGACUCUAAAGUUGGAACUCUCGUAUACGAGACUCUAUAAUUCCCUAUGGGAAAGAAAAGCUACUUUUGUACCACUACUUUUUGCUGCGGAGCGACCGUAUGGAGCGAGCAGCAACAUAAUCAGAAUUUAAGGGAAAUAUAAAAGGUGGAACGAAUUCUCGAAUUCAUCACUUUUUACCAGAAUGCGUUGCAUUUUAUCCACACUUUUUACCAGAAUGCAUUGCAUUUAACCACACUUUUUACCAGAAUGCAUGGCGCGACGAACAACUCAAAUAUUCGGUGGUUGAGAGCGUGCAUAGUUCUUUCGCUCCCCGGACUCAGAGUUUCUUUAUGGCAAAUUUUCUACCGCACGACCAAAUUUAAGACACGCAGGAGUCUUUCAGAUGAGUACGAUGGCUAACUUGGGGAUUGGAUUUCAAUUCCAGAGCCUUUGACUCGUCCAGGCGUUAAACUUGACGAGAAGAUGAGCAUUUGCUAUUCGACUCCGCAACACGGGGAAUAUACAAAUUCCAGCUUGCUAGUAGGUGAUGUGAAAGUGAGAAAAUGUCAUGCCAUGCUAUUCUUAAGAACCUGUAUGAGCCGAAAAUGGAUGUGAUUUUGACCAUUAGCUUCAAAAUAACAGCGGAAAUCGAGAAAACAAAACAUACGUUUGGCGUCCUACCCUGCAGACGAGGACGUGUAUCGGCGUUUUGUAAAGCAUAAUUAUGUUCUUUCAUUCAUUCAUUGCCAUGGAAUAUGCGUUUACAUUGUUUUUUUACUGUUAAUAGCUCGGUUAAUGCGGCUCGAUUAAGUUUCGUGGGAAAGGCAUUAAAUCAAAAACUUUUCCGCAGGAUUACGUAAUCAGCCUCUGUGGUGCAGUGGUUAGGUGUAAUCGCGUCUAGCCAAAGCUGCCGGGCUUGAGUCCUACUCAACUCUUUUUUUCCUUCUUUCUUUUUUUCCGCUUUUUAAAUAACUUUUAUUUAAUAAAGUGCAAUAAACAGCAAGAAAAGUAUUGUGUUUCCAGAGAAAAGAGAGCACACCUUAUAUUAAAUGUAUGGAUAAACAAUCUGAAUUUCUAUCAUGUCCUAAAAUUUACUGUGGGAAAACCAGAAUUGAUAACCACUUGAUCAUUUUCUAAACAACGUUCCCACAAGUUCUUUCUAUAGACUGAUAGUAAUUGUUACUUUUCAACAUGUAAAUAGGACAUUCAAUAUCAUUUUCGAUUCUUUAAAGUCUCGCUGCCUAACUAAUUCCAGUAUCAACAGAAAUUAUGUGCCACAGCAUUACUAUCUUUUAGAUACCCUAGUAAUAAAAAAACUAAAUAACCGCAGUUCUUUGGCGCGAAAACACAUUUAUUUAGAAAUAUUCUCCUUUCAGGGUAGGCAAUAGACCAAUUUCGAUAAAUUAAAAUUCAUACUUGUCCUCAAGACUCGGGGGAAUGAAACAAAAGAAAAUUAAUGCAUUAUUCAUUGCGAACCUCAAGAUAAUUAAACAACAACAACAACACUUUAUUCCGUUUUUAAAAGAACAAUAUUACAAACAUUGACAAACCGCAGUUAGCAUAGCUAAUCGAGGCGGGUUGUCAAGAAUAAAAACAAAAAUUAAGACCCUGUUUACAUGGAAUGGGGGACCCCGGUCUAGUGGGAUAAGUUACUUUUGUUUUGUGUCCCCCAGAGCGUGAAAACAAAAGAAACUUACCCCACUAGACCGGGGUCCCCCACUCCAUGUAAACAGGCCCUAACAUUCGUUCCUUUGUAAUAUAAAUGAAAGGAAAAUUGUUACAUAGAAUGUGUAAUAUAAACGGUUAGUUGAAAAUGAAUACAAUGCUUUAUUGGAUUGAAGUCAGGAUUUUUGUCUGCUUGGACAUUUAAAGUAAACAAAUCUAAAUCAUGAAUACUUGAAAGCUUCUCAAGAUAUUUUUUCGUCGGUAACUCAUCAGACUGUAAGUUAUUGAAUUUUCCGUAGCAAUUUAGGAUAUUAGCACCUUGAAACGGCAACUCUUUUAGUAUAGAUUUUACAGUUUCGAGUCAUUCAGACUUUACCUGGAACACUGACUGUCAAUAGGUCAGCAUUUUCAUCAAAAUUAAGGCUAGCAUGCAGGGUUGAUAUUACGAGCCUCCCUUCGUCGAGCCAUGACCUCGUCUCGUGCAAGGCUGAGCGAACAAAUUUACAAAGAAACUUGCUUUCCGACGAUUUUAACAGUAAACUGGUACCUGGUAAUCGCAGAUUUCAUCAAUGGCUUUUCCGAUGGUGUUUACUUUCGUUCUGAACGUGGCCAGUUCGACGCUAACUUGCUUCAGUUCCUUUUUCGCUUCUUCUUGAAACGAGUUAAAGUCAUCAAACCCGUCACUAAGGUAUUUGCGGGUUUUAACUUCUUCAUCGGGAGGAGGACUAGCGUUGACGCCAGACGAAUGAAUCUUGAUCAACUUUUCCUUGUAGAUGCUUAACUGUAUGCAAUAGAGAAUCAAUUUGUGCCUUAAGGGCUUGGUUUUCUUUCUUGAGAAUGGCAACAGAUUCAGGCAUGUUUAAAAUGGGAUGAUAGAAAAGACUAUAUAAACAGAAAACUAAGUGAGAAGUUCAAAGUUUGGAGGAGGUUAACACUCAACCUCCAUCAUGGUCAACUCACCCGUUUCGUUUUAUUCCCCAAAGCCUCAGUGCCAAGUCGGAAUUUCAAUAAAUCGAAAUUGGUCUAACACAAGUUUAACUGAAGUUUCAUUUGAGACAAACUGGUAUCUAAGAUGGUUUGUAAAGUACAUGUAUGUUGCCCAUUUUCCGGCUAUCGAGCACCACUUCGGCCAAAAAUCCUAUUUCCGAUAUUUUUGUCGGGCUUACAGUUGUCGCAAAACCGAUGAUUCUGAAAAGUAAACAGACAAUCCAGCUACAAAUUGAACGGUUUUAGCUGCUUUGGCAAAAUUUUAAUUAAACAAAAAUAGUUUUAUUGAAGCGAGUGAUACGUCAGCGCCAAACAUUAUGAUUGUUUCACAGCACAGAAAAAUGUCACGUAUGACGGAAGUAUCAUACAAAGCCUGGUAAUUUUUUGAGACAUUGUAAAUGAGAGCCCAAAUCAGUUGAUCAGGAAAACUAUCACAACUUGCUAAAGUGUAGCAAAUUUUUAGUUUCUGCAGUCAAUAUCUUAGUGAAGAUUUCGACUUAAUGUGCCAGCUUACAGCCACAAAGAAGCACACUGCUCUAAAUCCUUUUCAGAAGAAGUAAAACCAUUAUUUUUUUUCUGCCUGUGAUUGGGAAGUUAAUGAACUGAAAAGUAUACCAAAGGUCACGCAAUAAAAAUUAUCAUAUUUGGCCUCAUAACAUUACCCUUAAAGGACAUAUAAAAGACUUGGGGUCGUUAAAAUCACUUGUUAAAAUCAAGGGAAAAUAUAGGUGUGAAAGCGAAAAAAACUUAUUUGUAAGAGAUAAGUAAGGUAUAACCAAUUAUUACUUUUGUAUUGUUUUUAUUCACCAUCGUUCCUUCGUCAGUAAAGCUAUUGCUUAACAGCCGUUGUAGCACAUGAGCCCUUUCUUUACACCUGUUUUCAAUUACUUCUUUUUUGAAAACAAAUCUUUUGCUUGCUCUGCUGUAAAUUCAAAAAGAACGUUAACCUGGGCGUUCAAAGGAUUUUUAACGCGCCUUUUUGGGGGAUGGAUGUUUACAAGUCAUGGCGAGAGACUGGAUGAUGCACUUUUGUAGUUUUCGCAAGGUCAUCACUAAAAAUCGUGAAUUUUGUAAAUUUCGUAGCGGAGUUCAGUCCUGGACAUAAGUGGGAAACUGCAGUAACUUUACAGUACCAAAAGUCGCAUAGUUUCAAAAAUACUAGGGGAAAAUGACAAAUCGUUUACUGAUCUAAAGGUAAGUAAAAGUACCACCUUUGAACAAAAUUCAGAACUUUUGUCUCUGAAGAAAAAAAAUUAUAGUCUUCCUAAAGGUAAGUGGCGGAAACUGGGAAGCAUACUGUAUGUCAAUAACAGACGGCAGUUUAAACUCUAAAAGCCCUUUUGGACAAGAAUACAAGUUUACUCUCCAUUCACGAAUUUUGCAGAAAAGAGAAUUUUAUUGUCUGCUUCACUAUAACCGAAUACACUACUGUCUUCCAAUUACCGAGAUGUUUCCUACCACUUCGAUCUACACCUUUUUUUAUGGCGGGGUGCUGGAGAGGCUUAACAACCAAGUUCAAUCAGAUAUACGCAAAUUAAGGUUUCUUUGUGCCCUCUUUCCUUUCGCAGAGUUCAAAGAAUCACAGCAAGAGUCAUCACAUUCAAAUCCACCUGUCGCUUACGUGAGUUUGCUGUAA